UAAAAGAUUUCUCUAGGAUGGUGGCCAGGAUAGUGACAGGUCAGAAUUUUUGGGCUUUCAGGUGCCUGUGACUUAGAAAAUGGAAGACAUUUUAUGGAAGACAAAGAAAGAGAACUAAGUGUUUUGAGAAAUUAUGCUGGAAUUAUAAAGGAAUCACCCUUCACAACAACCUUAGGAGGUUUGCCUGCGAUGAGAUUUCGUUCUCUACAUUUAAAGGACAUCCUUUCUGAGCUGCUGUGAAUAAAUUUGGAAUGAUACUGUAUAUUUUCAUCUGAUGGAGAAUUAGCUGUACCUUGAGUUAGGUUUGCUGCACUGGACGACCUGAGAACAUCACUCACAAUGUCAUCAAACAGGAGUCAGAAUCCCCAUGGACUGAAGCAGAUUGGCCUCGACCAGAUCUGGGACGACCUCCGAGCUGGAAUCCAGCAAGUAUAUACCAGACAAAGUAUGGCGAAAUCCAGAUACAUGGAGCUCUACACUCACGUUUAUAACUACUGCACGAGUGUUCACCAGUCAAACCAGGCCCGAGGGGCUGGCGUCCCUCCCUCCAAGUCAAAAAAGGGACAGACGCCUGGGGGAGCUCAGUUUGUUGGCUUGGAAUUAUACAAACGACUUAAAGAAUUUUUGAAGAAUUACUUGACAAAUCUUCUUAAGGAUGGAGAAGAUUUGAUGGAUGAGAGUGUGCUGAAGUUCUACACUCAACAAUGGGAGGAUUAUCGAUUUUCCAGCAAAGUGCUGAAUGGAAUUUGUGCCUACCUCAAUAGACAUUGGGUUCGCCGUGAAUGUGACGAAGGACGGAAAGGAAUAUAUGAAAUCUAUUCUCUUGCAUUGGUGACUUGGAGAGAUUGUCUGUUCAGGCCAUUGAAUAAACAGGUAACAAAUGCUGUUUUAAAACUCAUUGAAAAGGAAAGAAACGGUGAGACCAUCAACACAAGACUGAUCAGUGGAGUUGUACAGUCGUACGUGGAAUUGGGGCUAAACGAAGACGAUGCAUUUGCCAAGGGCCCUACGCUGACAGUGUAUAAAGAGUCCUUUGAAUCUCAGUUUUUGGCUGACACGGAGAGAUUUUAUACCAGGGAGAGCACUGAAUUCUUGCAGCAGAACCCAGUUACUGAGUAUAUGAAAAAGGCAGAGGCCCGUCUGCUCGAGGAGCAGCGAAGAGUCCAGGUGUACCUUCAUGAAAGCACACAGGACGAACUCGCAAGGAAGUGCGAGCAGGUGCUCAUCGAGAAACACCUGGAGAUUUUCCACACGGAGUUCCAGAAUUUGUUGGAUGCUGACAAAAAUGAAGAUUUGGGGCGCAUGUAUAAUCUCGUAUCUAGAAUCCAGGAUGGCCUAGGAGAAUUGAAAAAACUUCUAGAGACACAUAUCCACAAUCAGGGUCUCGCAGCAAUUGAAAAGUGCGGAGAAGCUGCUUUAAAUGACCCCAAAAUGUAUGUACAGACAGUGUUGGAUGUUCACAAAAAAUACAAUGCCCUGGUGAUGUCGGCGUUCAAUAACGACGCUGGUUUUGUGGCCGCGCUGGACAAGGCCUGUGGUCGCUUCAUCAACAACAAUGCAGUUACCAAAAUGGCCCAGUCGUCCAGUAAAUCCCCCGAGUUGCUGGCCCGAUACUGCGACUCCUUGUUGAAGAAAAGUUCCAAGAACCCAGAAGAAGCAGAGCUAGAAGACACACUCAACCAAGUGAUGGUGGUCUUCAAGUAUAUCGAGGAUAAAGACGUGUUCCAGAAAUUCUAUGCAAAGAUGCUGGCCAAAAGGCUCGUGCAUCAGAACAGCGCCAGUGACGACGCUGAAGCAAGCAUGAUCUCCAAGUUAAAGCAAGCUUGUGGUUUUGAAUAUACCUCUAAACUUCAGCGGAUGUUUCAAGACAUCGGUGUGAGCAAAGAUUUGAAUGAGCAAUUCAAAAAGCACCUGACAAACUCGGAACCGCUAGACUUGGACUUCAGCAUCCAGGUGCUAAGCUCUGGGUCCUGGCCUUUCCAGCAGUCUUGCACGUUUGCCUUGCCGUCAGAGCUGGAACGUAGUUACCAGCGAUUCACAGCCUUUUACGCCAGCCGGCACAGUGGCAGGAAAUUGACGUGGCUGUAUCAGCUGUCUAAAGGAGAACUGGUAACCAACUGCUUCAAAAAUAGAUACACUUUGCAGGCCUCCACCUUCCAGAUGGCGAUCCUGCUUCAGUACAACACGGAAGACGCAUACGCCGUGCAGCAGCUGACGGACAGCACUCAGAUCAAAAUGGACAUUUUGGCACAAGUCCUACAGAUUUUACUGAAGUCGAAGUUACUGGUCCUGGAAGAUGAAAACGCCAACGUCGAUGAGGUGGAAUUGAAGCCAGACACCUUAAUAAAGUUGUAUCUCGGUUAUAAAAAUAAGAAGUUAAGGGUUAACAUCAAUGUGCCGAUGAAAACCGAACAGAAGCAGGAACAAGAAACCACGCACAAAAACAUCGAGGAGGACCGCAAACUGCUCAUUCAGGCGGCCAUCGUGAGGAUCAUGAAGAUGCGCAAGGUCCUGAAGCACCAGCAGCUCCUUGGAGAAGUGCUCACCCAGCUGUCCUCGAGGUUCAAACCGCGGGUCCCCGUCAUCAAGAAAUGCAUCGACAUUCUGAUCGAGAAAGAGUAUUUGGAGCGAGUGGAUGGUGAAAAGGACACCUACAGCUACUUGGCCUAACCCUUCCGGAAGGGUCUGACUGUGCAGCCCGCAGCAGACCGGUCCUGACGGAGAGAUCGAGAACAACUCCGGUUCGUAGCAGCCAGCCGGCCGCCACCUGGACCUCCCUUUUUAAACCCGAGACCAGGACCCCCACCACUGGUCUCCGACGUCCAUCAGAACUGCUCAGGAUUGACACAUUUCAAGUCUGUAAAUAGGGACACCGACGCCAUUUAACCUAAUUUAAGAAGAGGGGGCGGCGCGCCCCCGGGCUGCAUGCUACUGCAUCCACACCAGUGCGCCGGCUGCGGGGCUGGGCCGGCGUCCGCGGAGGCAUCGGCGUCGCCAGCACCUCCUGUGAGAGCAAGUCUAACGGACCCACGUUGUACCCUGCUAUGAAAAACCAUUUGUAUAGUGUGUUUCAUUUUUUAAUGUGUGAAAAUAAAGAAAAUUAAAGAAUUUCUGUACAAGUGGCA